AUGUCGUCAAAUGAGAAACAGACGGUUACCAAAGGACAUCAGGUCAUAUCCAACUAUAUCAAAGAGGCUUGUUGGUCAGCGGAUGGAACCAGCAUAAUUACAAAUUCCGCUGAUAACAGCAUUAGAACCUUUGUCCUACCAGCAGAUCUACUCGAGGAUAGGAAGGCACCGCAUGAACUGGAACCAUAUCAUACAAUUCCAUCCUCAGAGCCCGUCUACGCCACAGCUAUAUACCCUUUCUACACAUUACAAGACCCAUCAUCAGCUCUUCUACUCUCUUCUGUGAGAGACCACCCGAUCCGAUUGAAUUCAGCAUUUCACCCAGGAUUCUUGGCUUCAUAUAGUCUUAUAUCUCCCACAACAGAGGUCUUCAUUGCACCCCAUUCUAUUCUCUACCCACACAGCCUUAACGGGACUCAUUUCUUGACUGGAUCAGACAGCUUAAUAUGUCUUUUCGACGUGUCUCGUUCCGGAAAAGACGGUCCCGUGUCGAGACUUCUAACUAUCCCGAGCAAACGGAAGAAGAUCGUUGGUGGCGGUGUUGGCAUGAAGGGGAUUGUUUCAACAAUGGCGAUAAGUCCAGCUGGCGACGGAAUUCUGGCAGCUGGGACUUUCACUAGGUAUAUUGGCUUAUACGCAUCUAACGGGAGCGGCGAUACCAUUGCUACGUUUAGUAUUGCAGGCACGAAUGCAGAUGCUCGCAUUGGUGGUAGGGGUAUUACGCAGGUGCUUUGGAGCCCAUGCGGUCGAUAUCUAUUCGUUGUCGAGCGGAAAAGUAGUGGGAUCCUUGUGUACGAUAUUCGAGUGACUGGCCAGUUGGUUGGGUGGCUAGAAGGGAGAGUUGGGAUAACAAAUCAGAGACUUAAAGCAGAUAUUGUCCCAGGAGGUGAUAGUAACUCCACAGGAAUUUGGGCCGGUGGGACUGAUGGAGUUGUAAGGGUGUGGAUUGAUCCCUCAAACGUAGGUGGAGAAGGGAGGCUACCGGAAUGGGAAAUAAAAGUUCACGAUGAUCCUGUCACUAGUGCCGUGUUUCAUCCUAUGGGUGGUGUUCUCGCAACCUGUUCGGGGCAAAAGAAGUAUCAAACGCUGGAUGAAGUUGAAAUUCCGGAACCCAGCACUGAUACAGAACAUCAUCACGACCGACUCAUUAAGGACAAUAUUGACAACCGCCUGAAAAUAUGGGCGCUAUAG